AUGUCGUUUUUAGAAGCGCGCCAGGCGCUCGAUAGGUCGCUCGCGUCGCAUGCGUGGACGGAUCGCGAUGCCGUCGCGGCUGCUGUCAGGCGGCACCUGGUAGCGGAUUCCGAGGAGCAAAAUGUCAGCACCGGGCUCAGCCCGAGCAGCAACGUUCUCGGGGAGUCCAACAAGGGGAACAUUCUUUCGGGCUCCAACGCUGGCGGUGCUGGCGUCGAUGCCGCGGGGAAGCAAGCGCGUCGCGCGCGAUUCUCGGAGAAAUUCGUCGAGGCGCGGACGCGCGAGUUAAUCGACGUGCUGGACAGCCUCCGCACCGCGGGAGAGGCGAAUCUCGAGUCUCUCGCGCUGAGCAACGAAAGCAUCCGGGAGGACGGCGUGGAUUGCGGCGACGACCGACAAUGGCGGUUGAAGGAGGAGGGGAAGGAGCACCGCGUGUUGUACCGCAAGGGUCCUGAGGGCACGCCACUGCACGAGAUCUGCCUCGAAGGAAUCAUCCACGGCCCGCUUGACACGUUGUUGGCUGUGGUGUGGGAAGUCCCGUUUUUCAAGGACUGGUGGCCUCAGUUCAGCGUGCCGCCCUUCAAGGUGCUAGAGUCCAAAUUUGCCCACCGCAUCGCACCGGGCCUAGAGCUCAGCUACCUGCAGUUCAAGUCACCAUGGCCCUUUGCCACGCGAGAGCUGCUCUUUUUCGCCUUCAUGGUUCACGACACAGCCACGGGCCUCUUUGUGGCCUCCGUGCACUCGCCACCAGACGACAUAUCACACAUGGACCCAGAGACAGCACCUCUGCACCCAUCCGCCAUGCCCGCUGUGGCGCCGGGCUGUGUGCGCAUGACUGUGGGCGGCGGCUUUGCAGGCCAGGACCUGGGGGGCGGCCGCUGCUACUUCCGCGGAGCAUGCACGCUGGACAUGAAGUUCGACCUCAUGCCCCCGUGGCUCAUCAAUUUCGUUGCCCGGCAGCUAGCCGGCACUGGUUACCACCUGCUCUGUCACGAGGUAGACACAAUCGUCAAAGCCGCGGCCGCUGCUGCUACUGUGAACAAGUGUGAUAAGAAGAAGGGGCGUGGGGCGUUUCAACAGCUCUUAGCCUCUGAUCCGGUCUACAUGGGUCUGAGGAAAGCAAUGGAGGAGUAUAGACGGGGCAAGGCGGAGGAAGGGGAGAGGAGGAGGAGGGAAGGGAGUGAGGAGGAGGGCAGGUCGUUGAGGGAAUUGGGGGAAAAGGUGGAGGAGGAGGUGGAGCGGCUUGUUUCGUCUUUAUCUAAGAGGGAGAGUGUGCUUGGGCCUGAGGAGGCGGAGGAGGCUCUGCUACAGCUGGAGGCUGCUGCUGCUUCGGCUGUAGCGCUGACUCGACCUUCUGUUGAACCUCCUGGUUCACAGGCUCGGGACAGGUCCGGAAGCAGGUCCGGGAGCGGGUUGGGAGCCGGAGGAGCGGCUGAAACCCAAGCCAUGGCGCUAGCAGAAGGCAUCGACCUACUCGAUCAGGCGCUCGAGGAGCCCACGUGGAAGGACCUCGAUAAAGUCACGGCUCUUAUAAGCAAGCAGCUGGACGUGAAAAAUGGGUCAGCAGCAGGAGCAGCGGGAGCAGGUGGAUCGAGCAACAGCGUGGCGGACUAUUGGGCAGCGGAGACCGUUACGCUCUUGGAGGAUCUUAAGAGUGUCAGCGUGGAGGCUCUCGCUACUACCGAUCCUGCGGACCGCAAUGCGUGGAAGAUGUGCGAGGAGGGUCCGGAGCACCGCGCGAUGCUGCGCAAGGGCCCGGAAGGCACGGCGAUAAACGCGCUGUGCAUGGAGGGGCGCAUCGACAGCCCCGUGCACGCCGCCGUCGCCAUGACGCGCGACGCGGGGUUCUUCAAGGAGUGGUGGCCGCAGGGCGACAUGCCCGUCUACAGAAUCGUCGAGAACCGGUACCUCGCGCGCGUCGGCGACGGCUUCGAUAUCACUUAUAUGAAGUUCAAGGUGCCGUGGCCGUUCCCGUGGCAGGAGUUCGCGAUGAUCUUCUUUACCAUUUACGACUCGGACACGGGCGUUGCCACCACUGUCGUCCGCACGCUUCCAGAGGACAACAGCGAAAUCGACGCAUCCAUUCACGGGUUUUCCCGCGACAUGGCGCCGCCAGUCCCCUCGGGAAUGGUCCGCAUGGCCAUCAACGGCGGAUUCUCCAUCAAAGAUCUCGGCCGUUCACGCUGCCACUUCCGGUCGAUCUUCACCUGCGAUCUGAAGCUCCCGGCCAUGGUGGUUAACUUCGUUACCAAGGAGUUCGGAGGGGUGCUGUUCAAUUUGUUUAGGAAAGAGGUUGAGACGGACUUGGCAGAUGAGGGGCAAAAGGGGGUGGAGUUUAGGAAGGUUCUGAAGGAAGAGAAGCUGUAUGGCCGGAUUGAAGCGGCUAUGGACGAGUACCGGGCAAAGGCGGCCGAAGGAUUGGGGAUGGGUGAAAAUGGGUUGGGAGAGACGGGGGUGGAGGGAGAGGAAGGCGAGGAGGUGGAGGAGGAAAAGAAGGUGCUGGUGGCAACAGCGUCGUUUGUGGAAGGGGCUCCCACGGAGGCGCACAGGCCUGCCAUGGCAGCUGCAUCAGCAGCAGCAGCAACAGCAGCAGCGGCAAGAGUGACUCACACGAAUGGAGGGGAGGAGGAGGAGGAGGAGGAAGAGGUAUUCGAGGAUGCAGAGGAUCAGCUGCUGGUUACCCUGGAAGAUUCAGAACCUGCUUCGUACCCGCACCAGCAGAAGCACCCUCAUCCUCCCGUUCCUCCUGCGUACGCCCCGUUCUCAUCCCAAGACCCGGCUAUCGCCGCAGCCUUUGCUGCCGCAGCCGCGCUGGCAGGCGCAGGUGGGACUGGUGCAGGUGGUAACCCCGUGGCUGGGUCUGCUAGCUCCGGUGCUGCCGAGCCUGCUCUGACCCCGGACGUGCUCCAAGCCAUGGCAACCCUAGAGCAGGCGCUAGAGUCGAUGCGAGCCCGAACCUCUGCUGCGCUCUCUGCUGCUGCUCACGCCGGCGGACCAGGAGGAGGGAUGUUCCCAGGACAGUAUGGUCACGCCUAUCCUCCUCCCCCCCUCCCUGCCUAUGGUGCUGUGCCCGGGUAUGGGCCAGUGGUGGGGGGGAAGGGUGGGAGGUUUGUGGGUGCUCCUGUGGGGAAUCCUCCGCUGCUGCCGUAUUAUGCCGCCCCGUUCCCGCCCAAUGAGAUGCAGCGGUUUGCCGGGCCGGUUCCUGUGGUUGGGAGGAUGGACGGGUAUGGAAGGGUUUCCGGGCGGCGAGCGAACGGAGCGAGAGGGGGAGGUGGGAGGUAUAAGGGCGAGGGAGGAGUGAUGGUUGCGCCUGGGAAGGGGGGAAUGGGGGGAAUGAGCGGAAGGGGAGGAGGAGAGGGGGGAGGAGGGGGGAAGAUGAGCCGGAAUGGGAAGCAGCAGCCUCCGUUCCAUCCCUCGCAGCAGCAGAUGAUGGUUUCGGGAAAAGCAGGUGCAGGAACAGGGAAGGUUGCUACAGCAGAAGCUCCUGCUACAGCCGCUGCUGCUCCUCCUGCUACAGGCUCAACCCUCUGGUCGGCAGCUUCAGCCCUGUUUGGGCUUGCCACGUGUUGCACUGCCACUGGCCUGAGAAACGCCGAGGCAGCAGGGUACAUUCUGCCUGAAGAGCUGCCGUCCGAGAGGCGGCGUGAUGAUGUUGAGGAUGACUAUAACGAGUAUGAUUCUGAGGAGGAUGAGGAUGAGGGGUAUUAUGAGGGGUACGGAGGUGGUAUAAAUGGUGUUCCUGGGGGUUAUGGAAAUGGAGGGUAUGGGAAUGGGGCGUAUGGCCCUGGUGCUUAUGGGGAUGGUGGUUAUGGAGGAAACGGUGGAGGCGGAGGGGGGGGUGGCGGAGGCCGUGAGUGGCGCCCGCGGGGGGGCGGCGGCGGAGGCCGCGGACGUGGAGGCGGAAGGAGGGGUGGCGGGGGGGCGUAUGUGGGAGACAGUUGGGGGGAUGGCGCGGGGACAGGCAGAGGGGGAACAGGCGGAGGGGGAAGAGGCGGAAGGGGUGACGGGGACGCGUCAGGCUGGGGUGGCGGAGGGAGAGGGGGGCGGGGCGGAGGCGGCGGAAGGCAUGGGGGAGGGGAUCAGCGCGGCUGGGGGGGGGACGGCGGAGGCGGAAGGCAAGGACGGGGAGGCGGGUUUGGCGGAAGAUGGGGCGGGGGGGGCGGACGAGGGGGAAGGAAUUAUCAGCAGCAGGCAGAGCAGCAGCAGGGGGAGCAGCAAGCAGAGCAGCAGGCUCAUCACUCAGCGCACGGGCAGCAAAUCCAACAAUCUCAGCUGGUUGACGGGCAGAAUUUGGAUGCGACGGGCAGUGCCGGAAUUUUAGGAUCUGCCCCACUUGCUCCCUCAGUGCCCCCUGGAUUUGAGAAGCGGACCAAUCUAGUAGAAUCAACAGCUGCUACAGUCGCUGCUACAUCUGCUACACCCCCUGCAGCAGCCGCUGUUACAGCUGCUACAGCUGGUUCGUCUGGCCUCGCAGUCCCUCCCGGUUUCGGGCCCUCCCCCUCCCAACCAUCCGCUUCCGCCUCUCCCGCUUUUCCGCCAGGGGGAGUGUGUGUGUGCAUCCUACCCUGUACCCAUGUGCAUACCCCAUUCCCUCUUUUCCCCUUUCCCCCCAUUUCCUCCUUUCUCCCCCUUUCUCCCUUCUCCCUUUCCCCCCUUUUCCCCUUUCUCUCCUUUCCCCCUUUCUCCCCUUUCUCCCUUUCCCCUCUCCUCCCUUUUCCCCAUUUUCCCCCUCUCCCCUUUUCCCCCUUCCCCCUUCCCCCUUUCCCUACAUCCCCCCCUCCUCUCAACACUUUGUUUCCCCCCAUCCCAGUUGCUCGCUCGCCUUGGCUCGGGGCCUUCUUGGAUUCCCACCUUCUCAGAACUCGCUCCCGAUGGUGUGACCUCCUCCUCUCCGCUGCUGCUGCUAACCCCUCCCCUCCCCCUGUUUGCCCCAUUGCCCGCUCGCCCUCACUUGUGGCCUUCCUCGACUCGUACCUCCGCUUCCGGUCCCGUUGGUUUGACCAUCUUCUCUCCGCCGCCGCUGCUGCUGAAACUGGCGGAUUUUUGGGAACAGCAGGAGCAGACGGAGUGAACGGGGGAGGAGGGGGAGGAGAGGGGAGUGAGGGGACAGGGAGGGGAGUGGUGGUGGGGGAUGAGGAGUUGUGUCGGCUGGUGUUCCUGCUGCUGCUGCGCAUGUCAUCUAAUAUCGAGUCCAGAGCGAAACCAUCAGAGCAGCUUCAAGCCAAGGAUCAUGCACACCUCCUCCUCUCCAUGCGCCUCUUCGAUGCGCCCAAGCUCAUGGACGUGGCUGCUGUCUUUGCGAGGGCAAACCCCGCUGCAACACGGCAGCUGGUGUGCCGGGUGCUGGUCUCUCAGCCUCUCUUCCGAGCUGAUCUCUCGUCUUCUCUACUUCAACUGCUGCGGGUGGUUGAAGAGAUGGUGACAAGGGCGUGUGGGCGGAUGGAGGAGCACAGCAAGGCAUCAUCGCCACCUCCUUCCUCAGAGAUCACCGAG